AUGAAGACUUUAUUUACGGGUUGCUUAAAUCCAACGUAUGAACACUUAUCUGGAUGCCUCUACAUUUGUUUUGCUUAUUUAACACUCUUCUUUUUCAAAAGAUGCCCCAUCAAUGUGGAACUACAGAAUCUUACAUGUGUCUCAGAAUUCCUCCUGCUGGGACUCUCAGAUGAUCCAGAACUUCAGCCCCUCCUCUUUGGACUCUUCCUGUCUAUGUACCUGGUGACCAUGCUUGGGAACCUGCUCAUCAUCCUGGCUUUUAUCUCUGAUUCCCACCUCCACACCCCCAUGUACUUCUUCCUCUCCAGUCUGUCACUGACUGACAUCAGUAUCAGCACCACCACUGUCCCCAAGAUGCUAGUGAACCUCCAGACACACAGCAAAUCCAUCACCUAUGCAGGGUGCAUAGCUCAGGUGGCCUUCUUUUCCCUUUUUGCAUGUUUGGAGAGUCUCCUUCUGACAGUGAUGGCCUAUGACCGGUUGGUGGCCAUCUGUCACCCUCUACACUACCUGGUCAUCAUGAGCCCCCGCCUCUGUGGCUUGUUGGUCCUGGCAUCAUUUUUCACCAGUUUUUUGACCUCCCAACUGCACUACUUGAUGAUGUCACAGCUUACCUUCUGUGCAGAUACAGAAAUCCCCCAUUUCUUUUGUGACCUUUCUCAACUCCUCAAGCUUGCCUGUUCAGACACCUUCAUCAAUAACAUAUUAAUCCUUUUUAUUGGUACCGUUUUUGGUGGAGUUCCACUCUCAGGAGUUCUUUACUCUUAUUCUCGAAUUAUUUCCUCCAUUCUCAGAGUCUCAUCAUCAGGUGGGAAUUACAAAGCCUUCUCCACCUGUGGCUCUCACUUGGCAGUUGUUUGUUUGUUUUAUGGAACAGGUCUUGGUGUAUACCUCAGUUCAGCUGUUUCAUCUUCCCCCAGGAAGGGCGCUGUGGCCUCAGUGAUGUACGCUGUGGUCACCCCUAUGCUGAACCCCAUCAUCUACAGUCUAAGGAACAAGGACAUCAAGAGUGCCCUGUGGAGGAUUACCCACAGGAUUGCCUAA